CAUAAUGCUGUAUCCAGUUGCCUGGCAAUUGGAGCUUUUGCUUUGUUUUGUGGUUGGAGUUGUUGUGUUGGUUGUGGUUGGAGUAGUUGUGUUGCUUUGCGGUUGGUGCUGUUGCCUUGCUUUGCGGUUGGAGCUGCUGGUUAGACUUUGUGCCAGUUCUGGGCCUCGAUCAGCAGUAUUUGUGGCUGUAAAUGGGCUAGCGACUGGGCUGCUGCCUGCCACCUGGCUCUUCUGGAAAUCUAAGCCCCCUACCGCUUCUUGGAACCUGCUACACUGCCUUCCUCUUCUUGUCAUCUACUACUCUGCCUGCCUCUUCCUGGAAACUGCUACACUGCCUGGCUCUUGCAAUCUACUACUCUCUCUGCCUCUUUUUCGGAAUCUACUGCACUGCCUGCUUCCUUUUCGGACUAUACUGUGCUGUCUGCCUCUUUCUUGGACUAUUCUAUGCUGCCUGCCUCUCUUUCGGCAUCUACUACUCCACCUGCCUCUUCCUGCAAUCUACUACACUGCCUGCCUCCCUUUGGAAACUCCUCCUCAGCCUGCUUCUUCUUUGGAACACGCUAUGCCACCUGUGUCUGCUCUGCAAUAUCCUACGCCGCCUGUGUCUGCUUUUCAAUAUGCUAUACCAGCUGCGGCUGCUUUUCAAUAUCCUAUGCCACCUUUCUCUUCUUUGAAAUAUUCUACGUCACCUACCUCUGCUUUGGAAAAUACUACACCACCUCUCCCUUAUAUGGAAUAUGCUGUGCCACCUGCCAUUUGUACGGAAAAUACUAUGCUGCCUGCCACUUCUGUGGUAUAUCCUAUGCUGCCUGCGCCUGCUUCGGAGCAUCCUGCGUCACCUGCCACUUCUACGGAAGAUCCUACGGCACCUGCCACUGCUAUGGACUGUACUAAACCGCCUGCCUCUUGUAUGGACCAUACUACACCACCUGGGUCUUCUGUGGAAUAUACCAUGCCGCCUGCCUCCUGUGGCAAUAUACCAUGGCACCUGGAUCUUUUUAGAAUAUACAAAGCAGCCUGGCUCUCUUUGGGCCAUACCACUCUGCCUGGCUCACUUUGGAACCUACCACGCCACCUGGCUCAUGUUGGCAUAUGCCACGCCGGCUGGCACUCCUUGGAAUGUACCACGGCACCUGGCUGUCUCUGGCAUAUACCUUGCUACCUGCCUCUCUUCGGAAUACACUGCGCUGCCUGGCUUUCUCUGGACGAGAGUGUACUGCCUGGAUCUCUUUGGACUAGAGUAUGCCACCUGGCUCUCACUGAAACCUGACAGUUUUCAUUAAAUUAAUAAUGUCUUUUUGUUUCUAUAACUGUCCUGCAUUUUCUUUGUUGUAUCAUGGAAUGGCUUAGUCUGGAAUGGACCUCAAGGGUCUUCAAGUUCCAAUUCCCUGCCGCUGGCAGGCACUCCAGCUGGGGCCUCACGAGGGCAGAGUAGAGGGGGACAAUCACCUCCCUCGCCCUGCCGGCCACUCUUCCUCUGAUGCAGUCUGGGAUACCAAGGGCCUUCUGGGCUGCAAGCACACACUGCUGGCUCAUGAAAGUUUUUCAUCAACCACGGCCCUUCGGUCCUUCUCAGCAGGGCUACUUUCUAGGAAUUCUUCUCCCAGUUUGUAUACGUAUCUGGGAUUACCUCUACCUGCAGCGUCUGAUGCACGGGCUCAGAUGUGAACGAUCCAAAUCAUUUAGUACAAGUUCUUUCAUCUCUUCUAGACCUUCACAAGUUUUCUUUCUCUAGCUUUCCCAUCUGCCCCUACCACUUUCCCAUCUACCUUUACAUGUCAACAGAACAUUCUACAAACACUCUUCAACUGCUCCUGCGGGCGUUUAUCCAAUCAGAGCUGUAAGCUGUUCUUUCUCCCCCUAGAGGUGCCCUUGGUUCUCAUGCUGUUUCUCUUGCUCCACAGCUGCUGCUCUGAACAGUUUUUCUUGUAUCCCCACACCUACUCAAGUGCAAAACCUUGCACUUGGCUUUGUUGAACGUCAUGAGGGAGGGCCCACCUUUUGAGUUAAUCAAGGUCGAGUUAAUUAAGGUCCCUCUGGGUGAUGAAUGCGUUCAUAGCAGGAGUUUGGAACGGGGUGCCUGCCUUCUCUAUUCUAAGCUAAACAAUCCCAGUUCCCUCAACCUUUCUUCACAGGGGAGCUGCUCCAGCCCUCUGAUCAUCUUUGUGGUCCUCCUCUGGACUCGUUAUGUUUGCAGCAAUUGAAAAAAAACAACAUACAAGGCCUUUCUCUGUCUUCCUCUUCCCCCAGAGAGUGGAUAACAUGCAGCUAAAAUCAGUAAGCAAGAGCAUGUUUUUGACUGGUGACUUCCCCUUUUGUCUGCUAAGGGAGAUAAAAAUAAUUUUAAAAUAUUCUAGCUAAUGCAUUUGAGCUGUUAUGUUUUCCUAAAAAUCAAGCAUCACAGCAGGAGUUGCUGUGUGCCAUUUGCAACACACCACAGAGUUUUGGUGUGCCUGGGGCAGCCUGGUCAUUAAUAGCCACAGACUUAGUAGUGAGCCUGUGAAAAAGGUGCAGCCCUGGAAAUUAUUUCAGGGUGUUUUAUAGAGACCAAAAAGGGGUCUUGUUAUCAUGCAGCUUAUUUUUGUUAUCAGAAGAGACAUUAUUGUUACCAGAGCUAUCAGACUGAUACACAAACCUUUACUAUAGCACCCUCAGCUCCUAGCCAUGCUUGCAAAGGCAGUAUCUGUGCAUCCUGUCGGUAUAUUUUCUGUACAGGUUUUAGAUAUCUGGUUCCCAGCCUGAGUAGGUGAGAGCUGGAAAUUCAACACACAGACCAGGUUGUGCAGCAGAGCAGCACCAUUCUCACCCAGCAAGGAUUUUGCAUGCCUCUUUCACAGAUGCCAGCUUGCCCUCCUUAAUCCCUUCAAAGGUCCAGCAUAGCUCCCAGCUGACUCAAACAUUUUCCUUUUAUCUCCUGGCUUUUCAAGAGCCUGUUUAUUUAUCAGCUGGUGCACUUGAGAGUUUCUGUGUACUUUGCUCUGACAAAGGUUGAAAAUUCAUGCAUCAUUUCUCUUUUGAUUGUUUCAGUGAAUCAGAAUGUAUUAUAAUGAUGACUGUUGUUAUCAUGAGAAAACUUCAGUCAGCUCCUGCAAGAACUGUUUCUAUUUUAUCUCCAGCCUGCUGUCUCUAGCCUGACCUUCUUUAUUUGCCAUCAGAACAAUACCCCUUUUGAUACAGACCUGUCUGUGUGCCCAGAAGAACGCAUGCAGAGUUGCUCAAGUAUCAGGAGCUUCAAGUACUCAGUUUCCAUCCUUCCAUCCAAGUGCCUCUGGGAUUGAAUUAUGAACCCGGGCUCUUCACUUGCUUUCUGGUGACAUCUUAAAGGAUGGGAAUAGGUUCCCACUUGAUAGUAAAUGAAGUGGCAGAGGGGCAAACAGUAGAGAGGGACAAACAGGAGCUGGUGUUCAGAUGGAUGGGAAAUCCAGAUGUUGUUGGAUUUCUUUGCCUGAAUGUACUUAGUGUACUGGUCUUGCAACCCUGACUGUGACUUUUGGAUGCCAUGUAAAUGUGCCGUAGUCAUAAUGCAUACUAUCAUAAUGAAGUAUUAUAUGAGUUGUUGUGGCUCAUUAUUUACAAGGAGGGGACUCACUGAAAGAAAAGAAAAGAUCAGAUGUAGUGGAAAAUCUAGAUGGAAAAAGAAUUAAAACUUUUUUGAGAAGGAGCCACUCAGGCUGUGAAGACAAAAGGAUAGUGGAUAUGCUGUUCAUAUGAAAAUGCAAUGCUUCUUUUUUCUAGCUCCAAGAAGAUGCAUAUGUGCAGAAGUGUUAGGAAAUUACAAGAACAUAAUUUAGUCUACGGAUGUAACUCAGCAAAUUAAAUUCAUUUCACCUCCAAAAGCAAUUUAGAUUGAUCCAGAUGCUGAAGAACUAAGAUGCACAUUCAUUGUAGCAUGUUAUUAGUUAACAGUGUUGGUUAAUCUGACUCCAUUGGUAAUUUUGGCAGACUUUGUCCUUGUGAAUAACUAACUUAAGGUAGUUCAUACAUUACUUUUGUUUUGGAAAAUAAAACGUCUUCUGCUAAAGCUAGGUAUUGAUAAUAACAUCCCUGAGAUGACAGCUCUUCAAGAAUGGGAAUUAUUUUUUUGUUUUAAAAUAAAUGAUUGUGUUAUGUUAGCAUCUUACCUGAGCUCAGUAUUUACUAACAAAAUGAGCCAUUACAAUGGCAAAAGGUAUACUGAAGCUCUCUGUUAAUUGCUUGUAUUUAUCCUCCAGCAUUGUCUAUUGUUUCUCAUACUGUAUUUGUGCAAAGGGGUGCAGCUGUACUCUGUUUUGUUGUAGCUGAUUUGCAGCAUUGUUUAUCCGAAGACAAAAAGUGUAUGUAACUUCAUUCAGAUGAAUCACUGUAGGCAUACAUAAUGAGUAAGUGAAUAGACAGGCAGAUAGUAGAACAUAUAUACAAGGUCUAGAAUUUCUUACUUUGAAAUGGAAAUUGCAGGCAAAAAUAAUUAUCCUCUCUGAAUCAAACGCAAAAUAAGUUCUUCGAGAUUUUUAUUAAUACUGUUUUUUUUUCAUUUUAUUUGAUUUAAUUCUGAUAAAUACCUUUCGUUUCAUCUACUCAUUAUUUCAUUGUAGCGCUUUAAUUUUAGUUCAAUAAAUUUUCCUUUCAGCUGAUUCUGUUUUUUCUCCCUUCUGACUAUUUUUCUGCUGCUCAACAGCAAAUGUUCUCUUCGGAAUUCUGAUUUUAACCAACAGAUGUACUGUUUUUUUAUCUCAGUACCUCAAGACCUUUUGCUUUUUUUUUUUUUUUUUCCCCACUUGUAUUUGGAAUUAUAUUAGAUGAAUGUUUAUGUACUGUAUUUAUCAGGUUAAACACAGAAAAUGCAUCUGACAGCCUUGAAGAACAGCUAAAAAGAACAAAACUUUAUAAAUUCCAAAUUUCUGGAUAUCCAGCUGACAGAACUCAAUUAUGGUGUGGCACAGAGUAACAGUGCAGAACAGAAAACCAGUAACCCUCAUGUCUCCCCAUCACAGGACCUGAGAGGUCAGGUGCAAAUGCUUGCAGGAGGAACAUCUGUAAUCUUGAUCUGGCCCCUGUUUAACCUGUGUUCGCAGUGCUCCAAAAUACCUUUACCUAUCAUAGGUAUCAUUCAGAGAUUUACUUGGCUUUUCUCAGUGUAGCUGAAGUGGCUUUUGUUGUGGCUGUGGACUCUUGUCCCAGAAGAGCUGGGAAUAAAUCAGGCAGAUUCCCUAGUUCAUUUUUCUGUGCUCUUUGAUGUUUGGUAGGUUGACAAUAUCAACUGCAGAAAAAGUGGUAGUGCAGCCCAAAUAGGAGGAAAGAAACAGCCCAAAUCUUCAAGUGCUGCAAGGAAGAACAGGAUGUGAUGCAGGAUACUUGGCUCUCCCUGACCAGCACAAAGAAAGAGGAGAGAAGCUUUAAAAAGAAAACAAGUGUUCUUCCCUUUUCUCAGCUCUCAAAGAUAACCAGCGCUUAGACUAAAGAUCUAAUCAGAGCCUUCAUUCUCUUUCUGAUAUUUCGGUCUUGUUCAUUUGUAUUACAGUUGGGUAAAAAAUUCACUAUUUGUGCAAAGUGGCAGUGGAAACACACCUUGCUAGUAUUGAAAUCUUUUGUGGUUUUGUUCACAGAUUGCCUUUUUAAUGUCGACAUUGAAAAGACUGAAGAGCAGAUUAUUUUCAUGUUUCGGCCUGGUUUCUGGAGAGUUGGCUCACACUGUGUCUGGAAGGUUUGCUCAUCAACAGAAGGGCUUUCCAGGCUGACUGGAAAGGCUAUCAGCUGAAUUACAUAUCCUUUGUGCUGUGGUGCUAUGGAUGAUGCAUCUCGCCUGGUUUACUUGAAGGCUGUGUUGGAAACACUCUGAGUGCUGAAGGAUGGAUGACAGAAACUUAAAGACUGUAUACGGACUCUAGCAACAGAAAACUUUGCAGCCAGAAUGGCAGAUCAGAGCAGAAUUAAGUUCUGCACCUGAAAAGUAAGAUCGUAUUCUUUGCAUGAACUUUGGAUGAACUGUGCCAGAAAAAGUACUUUCCAAGGUGAAGUGCUUUGCUCUGGAUGUGAGGCUUCCUGCAGAUGCAGGUGGCAGAACUAAUUAAGAGUUAAUUCUGCCAGGCAGCUUCCCACAUUGCUUUGGGCACCCACCAUGCAGUUAGGCUGGAGUGCUUUGGAGGAGAAAAUAAAGAAGCUGUGCAAGCAAAAUUAGUUAUUGCAGAAAGGGUCUUAGUCUUAAUCUAUGUGCUGCCUGCACUGUAAGGUUUGGCUUCCUUGGUGACUGUGGUAUGUACCCUAGCUGCUGCUUUAUUCAUAUUAAAUUUGUAUUUCAUAUAAGAAUUCACAUCAUAUAAGAAUUUAAUACAAGUAAAUCCUCUUCAUAGAUACUAUUACUUGAGUUUUCAGUUGCACAUUUAUGUAUUGUCUCUCCGUUGUUAUGUUGUGGUCUUUUUUUGGAACACCUUCACCUAAAAGCCACUAAAAUCAGAAACCACAAAAUACCUUAAUUCCUUGACUAAAUAACACCUCUCAUUUUUAUAAUUAAUCUUUCAACAGAAUAGCACACACUAGUUACAUCCAGACAUUGCAUCUGUACUCACUCACCCUUCUGAAACGGUGUCUCACCAGUCCUACAGAACAUCCAAAAGGACUUGGUGGAACAUGUCUUUUGAAGGGAAAUAGAAUCCCUGCAGAAAUUAAUGGCCAUUUCUGAUGCUCUUUAGUUGCAAACUGCCUAUCUCCUUGCUGCGACCACAUGAGGUAGAUUAGAUGCAACCUCCUGGACUGCCAAGAAGUGUUAAAGAAAUAGGUGUUGCGCCUUAAGGCUGCAUCAACAGAGGUCUGGCAGAUGUGUCAGAUGGGAUGUUGCAACCUUCAGCUGUAUACUUGAGAAUCCAAAACUUGAAAAUAUCGUUCAAAAAAUAGACAGUUGUUUCCAAAGCAUGUGGUAUUUGUUCACGGUGUGUCUAUUAAUUUUGUUCUAUUAAUUUUGUAAUCUUUUUCUGUGGCUGUAGACAUACCUCUCUAUUCUGAAGAAAAUAGAAUCAUAGAGUGGCUCUGGUUGGAAGGGACCUUAAACUUCAUUGAGCUCCAAUUCCCCUGCCAUGGGUAGGGUUACCAGCUAAUAAAUGGCCUUAAACUAAUAAAUGGCUCUGAUGCACCAUGAUCCAGCCACUUCCCUCCUCCAUGUGCCUGCCACCACUUUGGACCUGUCCAAUAUUUGUCUUCCUGCUGAAGAGGAGGUGGGAGCACUUGCACUAGGUCCCCUGAGAUGGGAAACUGGCCACGGUUUUAAGUUCCUGCCCUGGCAUAAACUUUUCAUGUGACAGUCACUUAAUGUUAAAGCCACGGAAAUUUUUGGAUGUUUUAUUCAUCUCUCAGCUGUCAGGGCAAUCUCAUGAAAUGCUGG